GUACGAUCAGCCUGUGGAAACCCUGGCAACAUACCAAAUGGUCGUGGAACGUUUAAUAGCACAUCCCCUUCGAAUGUUCAGCCAAUAUGGACAACUGUGACUUACUUCUGCAUUAGUGGAUACCAGCUUAUAGGAGUCAAGACUCGGCAGUGUCGUCCAAACGGCCGGUGGAGUGGGGAAGGAAAUCCAGUAUGCAAAAGUAAGAAUGUAGCUAAACAUACCUAAUUCUCAUUGCAUCAGUCUUAUCAUGUCCUCUUAUGAUAUUAUGACAGAAGCGAAAAGUGAAAAAGGGAUUUUUCGGCCUUUAUCAUUGGUACAUGUUCACAUGAAUCGCGUAGCAAGAGAGGGUCGCAGCGCUUGAAAAAAGUCCUGUGCGUUAGAGCGAUUUUUGUAUGACCUUGAAAAAUGUUUUCGGUAAGUGUUCGUUAUUUGUUUUAUCAGCCAAUGGAUGAAAAGAUCAAAACAUGGACUCUUCGUUUUCCCGCCAAAAAAUACGCUAAUAUGGAGAAGACAUUGUUCGAUUGGCCAAUCGUGUUGCAGUGUGACGCCAUAGCAAAGUAUCGGUUGGUUUCUAGAAAGUUCUCGGUCAUGAAGUUUUUUCACCCGAGCGUUCGCUUAACCAACCAAAAGCCACGCGUUUGUAUCCGUUCGACUAACCAAUCAUGUCGCUCUAUUCCGUAUUUUGUUGUUGUUGUUGUUUCUGUUUCGUUCGCGCGUUUUCAUUUCAAGGUCAUACGAAAAUUCGCGCUACUUGAGAACGAGUAUCAUUUCUUGCUCGGCAAGUAUCUUUCACCUCUCAUGGCUCCAGGCUCCAGGCAAGUCACCCUCCACUCUGUGCAAGCAAUAAUGGAGACCUUUAGAUUCUAAGACGAGUACGACUAAGAGUACGAGAUUUUCUCGACGAUUUUCUCAAUACUAAGUUGUGCUCGCGCGUGAACCAGCGCCAUUUUGGCGGGAAAACGUGAUAGCCGUCGUCAUUCUACUACCAGUUUUGGCGCGAAUGUCUUGGUGGCGAAAACAGUAUAUCAAAUGUUAGAUGUUUUAUCAUUUUGCGAUCGGGAGAGCGCGUAACCUCCUUCACUAAAGAUAACAGUGCUAACUUUUCUAGUGAAAAAUGGUAAAAUGAAGCUUUCCGGGGAGUCUAAAUUCUGAGAAUACGUGGAAAGGGGAAAAUACUUUGAAUAAAAUCUCGUACUCGUAGUCGUCCUCGGCCUCGAAUCGAAAUGUCUCUAAUAUGAGAACUCCUUGACCAAAGAAUUCAAUUUUUUUACGACCCUGGGGUAGUAACUGAGGCCCCGUAUACAGCUAUUUUGAGAAAUGUUGUCGGAUAAAGUGCACGCGAUAACCCCAAAAGAUAUUGUGGGUGGAUUUGAGUUCACUGUUUUUCAAAGAAAUUUGAAAGAUUUGCAUUAGAGGCCAUGGACAUAUGUCUUUGAGUGCUAAAGGACAGCAACAAAAGUAUGUUCGACAGCUACAGUGUCAGGAACAGUGUGGUGGGCAUAUCGCAUAUUACCUUUCGGGAUUCUCGCGUGCAUAUUUUUUUCCGACAACCUUUUUCGAGAAAGGCUGUCGGAAAAAAUGUGCACGCGACAAUCCCGAAGGUUAAUAUGGGAUAUGAUCAAUAGAAUGUUCCUGAUAUUGUAGCUGUCGAAAAUACUUUUUUGGCUUUCUUCUAGUACUCGCAAACAUUCGUACAUGUCCUCUUGUGCCAUUAUUUCAAAUUUCGUUGAAGAACAGUGAACUCAGAACUACCUUCAGUGCCUUUCGGAAUUGACGCGUGCACUUUUUUCGACAACCUUUCCCAAAAUAGCUGUAUAUGGAGAAAACCUGUCCCCGCGGGUAGAAGGGUCUCCCUCCCAGGGGACUCAGCUAUAUGACGAAAAAUGACCCCUUUGCCCCAGCCAACAGCGCUCGCGUUCUCUCCGACCUUGGGGUGGUAACCUACUUUUGUGUGGUACAGUACAUGUACAAUAAGUUGUCAAAUCAAACAUUUGGCAAUGAUAAAAAUGAUCAUGUUGAUAUUGAUGGUGAUGUUUCCGAUGAUGGUAUUCUUUUCUUGGCAGAGUCGACUUGCGUAUCCCCAACAAACAUCCCUCACGGCAAAUACACACCUGUCAAGCCAACCUAUAAAGUGAAUGUCCGCGUUCAUUACACUUGUUCUCCUGGAUAUUUUCUUUGGGGUGCAGCUUCUUUAAAGUGUUCCGCUUUGCCAGAUGACCCAAAGGGCUUCUGGCAGGGGUGUGACGAUUUAUCUGAUUAUUCAUGUAACAAUGGACUGGACACUGAAUGUCUCCCACCUCAACGUUAUGAAGAUAAAUGUAAGGAAAGCGGUGGUCAGGUAACAAUUGGAAGAGGGCCCGUAUGUAUAAAAGGUAGGUAAAAGUAACUUCGCCCUUGUUUUAAGGUUGUGUGCAGGGAGCGGGAGAGGUACUCCGGAGUUAAAGUGUUGGGGAUGAUCAAAAGGGGAACAAAAAUCUCACACACACACACCGUACCAUGUGAUUUUAUCAUUUCCUCAUCUUGUCGUCUCGAACUAUGCGGGCGGUACACGGGCGCUGAUGCACGCCUUACUACGCCAAUCCAAAUUGUUUCACCAAGAGCCAUUAUAGGAUUGGUCCCCCACAAGAAAAUCCCGGUUCGAAAAUAUACGAACCCCAAAAACAUCAUUCGAUUAUUCCUUCGCUUACUCAAGUGAAGAGUAUCCCGUCCUGGAGGGUCGCGCUUGAGCUUAAGACGGUGAUUUGGGAGUCAGGAAACGAAUAAGCGGGCACCAUAUUAAAUGGACAUGAGGACCAGUAAGCCAAAUUUUUGACCUCUUAUAGUGGUCAUUUUAUCUUUUGUAUCUUAUGGUUUGACCAUGCAUUCAAAUGAAACCUCUUUAGGGUUACUUUUACUUGGUGAUGAAAGAAGAAGCUUCUGCUAAAUUUGAGCUAAGACUCUUUUAUUUUUGUUGUUUGGCUUAGUCACAUCGGCGUUACCAUUAAAACUAAAGUGUAAACUAACUUCGCAUCCAUAAACAAUCAAAAACUUUCAAAUCUUACCUUGAAAUGGUUUGUUCCAAAAUAAGAGACGUCUGCGCCGUUUUGUUUUUCAGCAUUUUACAAAAUAAAAUUUAGCCACUUUUAACGUGAAAGGAUUAACGCGACUUUCGCUGUGUUAACAACUAUCUUCAUUUUUAUAUUUCAGGAAAAACUGGCUCGACUACGACUGACAAUUUAGUCUCUAUCAAAUCUGGUGAUAAUGAACUGGAUAAAAUGACGAUUGUUGUUGCGACCGCUGGUUCCACUCUUGGUGCUUUAGUAGUGUUGUUGACAGCUUUAGUUUGUUUUCGGCGGUUUCACCGGAGUCGGCGUUUAGAAGCCGACGUUAUAGCGACGACGACCGAAUUGCGAUAA